AUGAGAUCACAACGAUCCUGCAAUGCUAGGCAUUUAACGGAUGCAAGAGCCGGAGACAUAUUUGCUAACAGCGCCUGCCUAGCAUAUGUGUAUGCAAAUGUUAUAUCAUUUGGCAAAGUAUACACUGCAGACGGAGAACCACUAGAGGAGAUGCAGGAUGAGGAGACGAUCAAUCAGGAUGAGUUAGAAGAUGCAUUGCGCUCAAAAGAUCCAGUGGACUGGAUAUUCAUGAUCAAGUCAUCAAAAGGCUUACAAACAAAUUCAACGACGGACAAUUCCGCCAACAGCAGUCAAAUUAUCUGCCAAGAGCAGCCAAUUCUGCCAACAGCAGCCUUCAACAACGGACAAUUCCGCCAACAGCAGUCAAAUUAUCUGCCAACGGCAGCCAAUUCUGCCAACAGCAGCCAAUUCUACCAACAAGAGUUAAUUCUGCAAACAGCAGCCAAUUCUACCAACAGCAGUCAAUUCUGCCAACAGCAACCAAUACUGCUAACAGCAGCCCAUUCUCCCACAAAACCAACCUAUCAGCAACAGAAUCAAAAAAAAAUUAAAACACCUACUAACACAACU